GGGUGGCCCCGCGGUGGGGGAAGCGGGGCCAUGGCUGAGGCCGCCCAGCCCAGUGGGGAAUCCCAAGGCGCAGAACUUACGAUCCAGAUACAGCAGCCUGUGGAGAGAGCCCUGAGAACCCCGGUCAGGCGAGGUCCGCAGUCCGUGCUCAGAGUGUCCCAGCUGCUGCUCAGGGCCAUUGCAGGCCACCAGCACCUGACUCUGGCUGCGCUCAAGAAGGAGCUGGGGAAUGCUGGCUAUGAAGUUCGCAGGAAGAUCUCCUCUCACCACGUGGGGGAAUCCACCAGGUCGGAGAAAGGCACUCUCCUGAGGGUCAGUGGCAGUGACGCUGCCGGCUACUUCACGGUCUGGAAGAUUUCAAAGCCGAGGAGAAAGGCGGGACGGUCGACAGUGGGCACCCUCUCUUCUGGAAAGAUCGUGCUCAAAUCCCCCAGACCACGCAGGCCCCGCUCGCGUCGCAAGGCGGCCAAGAAGGCCAGAGAAGUCUGGAGACGCAAGGCCAGGGCUUUGAGGGCAAGGUCCAGGAGGGCCAGAACAAGGACCAGAUCAAGGGCCACCUCAAGGGCUACUUCAAGGGCCACAUCAAGGGCCAGGUCAAGGACCAGGUCAAGGGCCCGGUCAAGGACCAGGUCAAGGGCCAGGUCACGCGCCAGGUCAAGGGCCAGGUCACGCGCCAGGUCAAGGGCCAGGUCAAGGGCCAGGUCAAGCGCCAGGUCAAGCGCCAUGUCAAGCACCAGGUCAAGCGCCAGGUCAAGCGCCAGAUCAAGCAUCAGGUCAAGGGCCAGAACUAGGGCUAGGUCAAGGGCAAGGUCUAGAGCUAAGGACCUAGCACGUUCCAAGGCCAGGGAACUGGCUCAGGCCAGGGAACAGGCUCGUGCUAGAGCCAGGGAACAGGCUCACGCCAGAGCCAGAACACACGAUUGUGUCAGGGCCAAGGCACAGGAGUGUGCCAGGGCCAAGGCACAGGAGUGUGCCAGGGCCAAAGAGCAGGAGUAUGUCAAGACCAAGGAGCAGGAGUGCACCAAGGCCAGGGAACAUAUGUGUAUCAGAGCCAGGGAGGAAGCCAGGAUCAAGGCGAUGGACAACAGAGUACGGCCUACAAAGGAAGACACCAAUCCUUGGUCUACAGAUGAGAAGAUGGCAAGCUCCAGACCCAGGGAAGAGAAGAGACAGGAACCCGAGAGGCCAUUAAAACGGACCAUCCAGAAGCCAGCUGUGGCCAAAGUGGACAACGCUCCCAGCAGACCAGGAAAACCAUACACAAAGUCUUCUACCAAAAGUGGUCAUCAUGGGGGCUCGGGGACUCCUUAAUGCCAGAGGAGUUGUUCUGGGCACUGUUGCCCAGAUGCGCUCCAAAGAGAUCAGCUCUCUUUCAUUGAAGCAAUUUACGAGA